AUGGCACGUCGUUCAGAUCUACAUCAUCAUCGCAGAAAGGGUCAGAGCAGACGCGUCGGCUGGUGGAAGGAAGACUCUUCGAGGAGAUUGAGGGCUGUACUCACCAGGAUGUUGAGGGUUUCUUCAAAAAAUAUUUUGAAGGAAAAGACUGGAACACACGGGCAGAUGAUGCCACUCGCCGCGCGCUUGGCUCCGGAGCUGACAGUGGAUGGUCGGGCUUCCCCGACCCGCCAACAGAGAAAGACGCCCUCGACUGGUGGUUUGGAUUCCAGGACGAGUUCCUGCCGGAUGCACCAAGCGUCUAUUUCACCACGGCGAGCAAGAGCGACGGAGCGACAGAUUGAUCUCCUCCUCAGGGACCGAAACGCGAGUGACAUCAGUGGAAAGCACAACUGGAAGGAUAUCCGGGUCGUCGGUGAGUUGAAAAAACCCAAGGAUAAGAUCAGGAGCAAAAGUGCGCUGCUGCAGAUGGCGCGCUAUGUGCGGGAUGUAACGAUGCCAAUUCUAUUCGACCUAACAUACAAAUAG